GAUCAGAAUAAAUAGGUCGUUGCUCGAUGUUCAUGAAGCUCUGAGCAAGCGCGUUGUCUCCCGGAAACAGCAUGCGUUCCGGUUGCUUCAAGGCUUUCGCUGCCACAGCGCUGGUAAGCAUGCUAUAAGAGGAGAGGAGGUCUCCGUAGGGCGAAUUUGGCUUGCUGCAGAUUGUUAAACAUGAAGCGGGGGGCAUAGGCUCAAACGCAUUCUGAGAAUGUCAUGUCCUCCAUAAGCGCUUGCUGAGAGCAAUCGUACGUAGAAAAAUCGGACACAAGGCUAUGCUGGUCAAGGACGUAGUUCAGCUCCGAGGGAGCUCGAGAGGAGAAGAGAUGUCGGUGGUAGAUCUGAAACAGAGGUUGGCAUGCGUUUGGCUGUCCGUGUCCAGUACGCUGCAAUUCUCGAUCGGCAUUGCAAUCCUCUGGGCACUAGUCGUGCUGUACAUCACCAAGUUCACGAAGGGCUCGAAGAAACCGAGGCUUCCUCCCGGACCUCCUGCAUGGCCCGUUGUUGGAAGCCUGCAUCUACUAGGACAAUUACCUCACAGGGACAUGAAAGACCUGGCAGAUAAGUAUGGUCCCCUCAUGUCCUUGAGGCUCGGCUCAGUACAAGCCGUAGUCGUAUCCUCUCCUGAGAUAGCUAGACAGUUCCUCAAAGAUCAAGAUCAGGCAUUCGCUUCUCGCCCCCUGUUUUCUGGACCCGAGAUAUUCAACCACAAGGCGCAGAAUCUUGCAUGGGCGCCCUAUGGCCCUACAUGGCGCCUGUUGCGUAAGAUCUGCACUGUCGAGCUUUUCACGGCCAAGCGCCUCAAGCAGUUCCAGAACAUAAGGCAAGAAGAGCUUCUGAGCACGAUCCAAAAUAUUCUGGAGUCAGGGCGAGGGGGAAAGCUGGUGAACAUGGACGAGCACAUGGGCUCACUAACAGGAAACAACAUAACCAGGAUGUUGUUUCACAGAAGGUACUUCGGCUCCAAGGGGAUACCGAUCACUGCGCUGGGCGAGGCGAAAGAGUUCCAGCACAUAAUUCGGGAGCUCUUCAGAAUAGGAGGCGCCUUCAUUGUGAGCGACUACAUCCCCUGGCUCAAAAGGCUGGAUCUCGGAGGUUGGCGUGCGCAGCUGAAAAAAAUACAAGUCAAGUAUGACGCUUUUGUGGGGAACCUCAUCGACGAGCACCGGCGAAAUGCUAAACCUCUGGCCGAAUCGGAGAAUUUUGUGGAUGUUCUGCUGUCCAUUCAAAACAGCGGAGUGGACGGCAGACCCACCAUUACAGACGUGCAAAUAGGCCAGCUGAUUGCGGAUAUGAUUCUGGGCGGGACGGAUACGUCGUCCGUGGCGAUGGUCUGGACGUUGACUGCGCUCAUGAAGUACCCGGAAGUGAGGAGAAAAUUGCGGGAGGAAGUGGACUCGGUUGUCGGAACAGAGAGGCUGGUGGACGAAUCGGACCUUCCGCAGUUGAAGUACUUGCAGGCCGUGGUAAGGGAGUCGUUCCGGUGUCACCCGGUGGGCGCCUUUCUGCUGCCGCACGAGUCGUUGUGCGAUACGGUGGUGGCGGGCUACGACAUCCCGCGCAACACUCGAAUCUUCGUCAACCUCUUCGCCAUCUACAACGACCCGCAAGUGUGGCAGAACCCGCAGGCCUUCAGGCCCGAGAGGUUCCUCAACUCGUUCGUCGACGUCAAAGGAGCUCACUUCGAGCUGAUCCCCUUCGGCUCAGGGCGGCGGAUGUGCCCGGGCAUCAACCUGGCCCUUCUCUUCAUCGAGCUGACCGUGGCCCAGCUAAUCCACACCUGCGACUUCUCUCUCCCGCCAGGUGUCAGUCCCGAAACCGUGGACACCCGCGAGUCUUACGGGCUAACCACGCCCCGAGCUACUCCGCUGCAACUUCUCGUGUCACCGCGUCUACCUUCACUUGUAUCAUAGUUCCCUCAUAAUUCUUUUCAUGAUUGCUUAUGCAUAAUUGUAAAUGUAUUUCCGAUUCCGAUGAGAAGAGCGUUAAGGAAAUGAGGACCGUACCCGGACCUCCAUAUUUCACCAAUUACAACACCCGGACCCUCCGUAUUUCGCCGAUUAAAACAUUCAUUCAUAGACUCAAUGUGCUUGAGAGAUUGGUGGCAUAAGUACGACGGCUCUUGCAGUACAGCCGAGCGUAUAGGCCUGUCGUGUAAAAUCUGCCACCGUAUAUCGUUCGUGUUUUCGUACCUGAUGACGUCAUGUUACAAGGCUAGAAAUGUAGAAAGCUUGAUGAGGACUGCGAUAGUCCUCGAGUGGCUGUGUAGACCGGAUGCCGUUCUCUUAUUUAAAAUACACCGUCUUUCAGACGGUCCUGUCCAUGAAAUAAACGAAUUCGACUUUACAGA